GGGGUCGAAAAGCGUGCAGCCGGGCAGGAUGGGCAGGAGAGCAGAGCCGCGGGGUCUGCAGAGCGAGUGAAGAGCUGUGAGCAGGUCCCGGUGUGCCACGCGGAGCCACGCAGGGGCGGUGGGCGCGCAGACCCGGCGUCAGACCGCGCGGACGGCAGAGCCCCCGCCUGAGAGCGCGUCGCCUGGCCACCGCUGCUGCGUCGCCUUCUCCCGCGAGGUCGCCAGCGCUGGGCCCGAGCUUCCGCCAACGGCACCCAGAGCCCGGCGUCCUCUCCAAUGUUUCAGAAGUCACGCCCGGCGCUCCUGCAGCCUCAAGAUGUCGGAGACAGGGUGGAGACGCUUAUGUUGCAUCCGGUGAUCAAGGCUUUCCUGUGUGGCUCCAUCAGUGGGACCUGCUCCACCCUCCUUUUCCAACCCCUGGAUCUCCUCAAAACGCGUCUGCAGACUCUUCAGCCCUCAGCCCAUGGAUCCGGACGCAUUGGGAUGCUGGCUCUGCUCUUGAAGGUGGUUCGCACGGAGAGUAUUCUGGGCCUUUGGAAAGGGAUGUCCCCUUCCAUUGUGAGGUGUGUCCCUGGCAUUGGCAUCUACUUCGGCACUCUCUACUCCUUGAAGCAGUACUUCCUGCGAGGCCACCCCCCCACGGCCCUGGAGUCGGUCAUCCUGGGAGUGGGCUCUCGCUCGGUUGCAGGGGUCUGCAUGUCACCCAUCACUGUGAUCAAGACACGUUACGAGAGUGGGAGGUACGGGUAUGAGAGCAUCUAUGCAGCCCUGAGGAGCAUCUAUCGCAGCGAGGGGCGUCGGGGACUCUUCAGCGGCCUGACGGCAACACUCCUUCGUGAUGCACCCUUUUCUGGAAUCUACCUGAUGUUCUACAACCAGACCAAAAACAUCAUGACCCAUGACCAGUUGGAUGCAGUCCUUAUUCCUGCUGUAAAUUUCAGCUGUGGGAUCUUUGCUGGCAUUCUGGCCUCCCUGGUGACUCAGCCUGCGGAUGUCAUCAAAACUCACAUGCAGCUCUCCCCAAUGAAGUUUCGGUGGAUUGGCCAGGCAGUGACACUCAUUUUCAAAGAUUAUGGGCUGCGUGGCUUCUUCCAAGGCGGCAUUCCCCGGGCCCUCCGCAGAGCUCUGAUGGCAGCCAUGGCGUGGACCGUGUAUGAAGAAAUGAUGGCCCAGAUGGGCCUGAAGUCCUGACUGAGAGGGACUGGGAAAAGACGGGCUCUGUUGCCCUGUUGACCUCCCUGGCUCUUGCCAAGGGCUGCUUUGUCUCACCGUCCUGGAGUUAUGAAAGCCAGGCAGACGUGUCCCCUUUCGUUACCCAGUUGGAAUAGAGAAUAGAUGGGCCUGACUCAAGCCUUCAGAAUCUCCCCAAAGAGGAGUUACUGAUGCCUACGGCACAC